UCCUGUCCCAGGCCAUGUGGGGGAAGCAGGCCUGCCCUUCUGGAGUGUAUGGGAUGGAGAGGGAUCAAGAGCUAUCUCCCAGGGAAUCCCAAGCAGCGGUGGUGGUGACGGAGGUGGUGGUGAUGGUGAUGGUGGAAGGAAGAGGAAGAGGGGAGGAGGAGGAGGAAGGGGUAGGCAGUGGUUCCCAGACUCAGGAUAGUCUAUCAUAAGGCUGAGGUGAGGCUGUUCUGGGACCCCCUCCUCUUCUCUUGGGGGUCCAGUGGAUAAUUCUCCCCAGGGUGGACCAGCAGAGGUAUGCUUCAGUGGGACUACGGUUUUUCCUGGUCCGGAAAUAGUAAUGUCCUAAGCUCUUAGACCUUUUGCCCAGCAGCUUCCCCUGGGAAGCCCCUCUUAGCAGAGGCAGGAGCUAUGGCUGGUCAGGUUCUGAGAUCUUUUCUGGGAAGGCUUUCUUCUUCCACACCUGGUACCAGGGAAUUGGACCCCUCCCUCCCAGUCAAAUUUACUCAAAUUUCAACCUUUAGAGAAAAUUAGGAGUUGGAUUUCAUUCUAGUCAAGGGCUGCAAGGCUUAUGUAGACAACACUUUGACAGAACCUGUGCAUAGGAAAAUGGGACUCACCUGCCUGCUCAAUGUCACUCCCUCCAAACCCCUGGGGGAUCCACCCAGCAAAGACGCGCCUGCAACUGGCUCAUCCUAGGCCAGUGUUUUUCCACAUUUAAAAAUUCAUGACCCAUUAAAUACUAUAAAAAUACCAUAUACUUUUUGUAUUCUAUGAAGCAAAAAUCAUAGGUUCCUUUGCAUUUUCCAAAUACAAAAUUAUAAUAUCAAGUACGUAUUUUCUUAGCACAAAGCCCUCCCUCUCCCAAUUGAGAAUUACUGCCCAAGACCCUUCCAACCCAAGUCUGUGGUGUUAGAUGAUAGGAUCUGCAGGUCACCCCAGGUCAGUCUCUGAGUUUCUAGGGCCUCAGUGACUCUGACCCCUUCUGUCCUUCAAACUCUGGACACCUGGCCGCAGAAAAGAGGAGGGCAGCAUGCACAGGUCCUGUAGCGGCGAACAUGGAAGGACUUAUUUGGCACAUAAUUAGUUUCUAGCCUCCCAGGGUCUUGUAUGCCAGAGGUGUGAACAGGAUGAACAAUUAAUAAAACUCUGACUCCAGGGAGCCAGUUCUAGCUGGGGAAAUAGGAACAGGCUGUUUAACUAACAACAAACUGUCCUGUAAUACACAGACGUACACACACACCUACACACUAUCAAACAGCCUGUCUCGCCCCCCACCUGCCCCACCAGACCUGUGCAGAGACACAUACACACUGCAGCUCAGAGUUCUGCCAACAGCAGGUGUGAGAUAAACAUCCUGAGUGACUGACACAGCCCCUGCCACAAACCCCAGAUACCACCAGCCUGCCCAGUGCCCCUCCCCCAGGAGUGCACUGCCUCUUUAAAACCCGGCUCUGAGUGCUGUGCUCAGUGGCCCACAAAAGGUUCUGAUUGUGGCUAUUCAAUGGCCAUUCCCCAGGGAAGGGAGUGGAGCUGAGACAGACAGGAGGCUUGUCCUGCUGUGGCCACCAAGCGGGACUCUUGGAUGGCUAAUAGUGAGGAGCCAGGACUGUUUUCCUGUCCAGGCUACCCCUGAAUGACUUAACCUCUUCCUAACCCUGUCCUGCAGAGGCUCGCUUGGUGGGCUUUGCCCCUCUGGGAUAGCUCCCCCAGUCCUCUGGCCCCCUCACAUCAUUCCAGGCCACUGCCCCUCCCCACUCCCAUCAAUAGCCCUAUCUGUUCCCAGGCCCUCUGCCUUCCCCUGUCACAGCACUUGUUCCCGUGCCUUUGCUCUCUCCUUGUUUCCCGUGGCAUGUUUUGUCCUCCAGCAUGACUGUGAACUCUUCAAGCGCAACAGCGUGUCUUUGCCUUCCUUGUGACUGGUGCCCCCAGCGAGUUCUGCACACACAGGCCACUUGCUGGGUGCUCACUGAAUUGAUGAAUUCAUAUGCUGCCCUCUCCCACCCGCCCCAGGACACACCCACCAGCCCUGCCUGUGUCUCUGUUCUCUACAAUAACCCUGUGUACUCCACCCAGAGUGCUUGCUCGGGCCCCUGGCCUCCCUACCCCUGUGCAGUUUCACAUCCCAGCUGCCUCCUGACAGCUUCACUGGCUGUCUUUCAGCACCUCCCCUACCCUCUCCCACACCCUGAGCUCUGCCCGCAUGCUGGCUGCUCUGCUGGAGGGUGAGGACCUGCAAGCAGGAGCCAGAAGAAGCAGGCCCACCCCUGCCUCUCCCUGGGUGAUGGCUCCUGUUGGAAAGAAAUUGAGGGCUAGGGAUACAUGCAGGACCCUUCCUCUGGACAGGAGCUCUCUUCUGGGUUCCGCCCGCUGUGCCUGCUGCAGCCGCCAACUAGGUGACUGUGUGCUGGGUAGAUGAGGCCGGGGCCAGUUCCACGCACUGCCUCUCCCCACAGGCAGAGCAUGCUGGCGUCCGUACCUACUUCUUCAGUGCUGAGAGUCCAGAGGAGCAGGAGGCCUGGAUCCAGGCCAUGGGGGAGGCCGCCCGUGUACAGAUCCCUCCAGCCCAGAAGUCAGCACCCCAAGCUGUGCAUCAUGGCCAUGAGAAGCCAGACUCAGAGAAUAUCCCACCCAGCAAACACCACCACCAGACACCCCACAACAGCCUCCCCACGCCCGAGCCGGAGGCCAAGACUCGAGGGGAGGGUGAUGGCCGAGGCUGUGAGAAGGCAGAGAGGAGGCCCGAGAGGCCUGAAGUCAAGAAAGAGCCGCUGGUGAAAGCCAACGGCAUCCUAGCUGGACCGGAACCAGCCUCAGAGCCGGGCAGCCCUUACCCCGAGGGCCCAAGGGUCCCAGGGGGUGGGGAGCAGCCUGCCCAGCCCAAUGGCUGGCAGUACAGUUCCCCAAGCCGGCCGGGGAGCACGGCUUUCCCGCCUCAGGACGGAGAGAGUGGGGGACAUCGGCAGAGCUUCCCACCACGUGCCAACCCUGACAAAAUUGCCCAGCGCAAGAGCUCCAUGAACCAGCUUCAACAGUGGGUGAACCUGCGCCGGGGGGUGCCCCCACCCGAAGACCUUCGGAGUCCCUCUAGGUUCCACCCUGUGUCCCGCAGGGUCCCUGAGUAUUAUGGCCCCUAUUCCUCUCAAUACCCUGGUGAUUACCAGUACUACCCACCAGGGGUGCGGCCGGACAGCAUCUGCUCCAUGCCUGCCUAUGAUCGGAUUAGCCCACCCUGGGCCCUGGAGGAUAAGCGCCAUGCCUUCCGUAAUGGCAGCAGCCCUGCCUACCAGCUGCACGAGUGGAAGGAGUCCACCAGCUAUGGGCGGCAGGAUGGCACCGUCUGGAUUCCCAGCCCCUCCCGGCAGCCAGUCUAUUAUGAUGAGCUGGAUGCUGCCUCCAGCUCCCUGCGCCGCCUGUCCUUGCAGCCUCGGUCUCACUCUGUGCCCCGCUCACCCAGCCAGGGCUCCUACAGCCGUGCCCGCAUUUACUCCCCUGUCCGCUCACCCAGUGCUCGUUUUGAGCGCCUGCCACCUCGCAGUGAAGACAUCUAUGCUGACCCUGCUGCCUAUGUGAUGAGGCGAUCCAUCAGCUCCCCCAAGUAUGAUUACCUGGGAGACAGGCGGCCAGUCCCUGCAGGACUGUUCCCCUACAACUACCCACCAUCCCCCACGGUCCACGAUAAGAUGGAUGAACUUUUAGAUCUUCAGUUGCAAAGAAACCUAGAGUAUUUGGAUCAGCAGAUGAGUGAGAGCGAGACUCUCAUCAGUAUGGUGAAUCGCAUGGUGGAAAACUCCUCCCCCAGGGCCCAACUCUUCAUGCAAGUCCCUCCAUACCCAGAAGUAUUCCGGGACGGCCUCCACACCUACAAGCUAAACGAGCAGGACACAGAUAAGGUGCUGGGCAAGUUGUGUGAGCAGAACAAGGUGGUGAGGGAGCAGGAACGGCUUGUGCAGCAGCUCCGAGCUGAGAAGGAAAGCCUGGAAAGUGCCCUGAUGGGGACCCACCAGGAGCUGGAGAUGUUCGGAAGCCAGCCCGCCUACCCCGAGAAGCUACUGCACAAGAAGGAAUCACUGCAGAAGCAGCUCGUCAACAUCCGCGUGGAGCUGUCUCAAGCGAGCACGGCCCUGACGAACAGCACCAUAGAGUAUGAGAACCUCGAGUCUGAGGUCUCCGCCCUGCAUGAUGACCUCUGGGAGCAGCUCAAUCUGGACAUCCAGAAUGAAGUGCUCAACCGGCAGAUCCAGAAGGAGAUCUGGAGGAUCCAGGAUGUGAUGGAGGGGCUGAGGAAGAACAACCCCUCCCGGGGCACGGACACAGCCAAGCACAGAGGAGGACUUGGGCCCUCGGCCACCUAUGGCUCCAACAGCCCAGCCAGCCCUCUCAGCUCUGCCAGCCUCACCAGCCCCCUGAGUCCCUUUUCCCUGGUGUCGGGCUCUCAGGGGUCCCCCACCAAGCCAGGGUCCAACGAGGAAACUGGCCCGCCUCGGCCUCCCCUCCCCAAAGCCUACGUCCCCCUGGAGUCUCUUCCAACCGUCCCUCCACUCCCUAGCGAGAGCCGCUUCUGGCCAUACCCCAACUCCCCUUCCUGGCACCGCAGUGGUGAAACAGCCAGGGGUCAGCCCAAGGCAAACUAUGAGCAAAGCAAGAAAGACUCCCACCAGACAUCACCCCUGGACACCCCCAGGGACAUCAACCUUGUGCCCACCAGGCAAGAGGUAGAGGCAGAGAAGCAGGCAGCUCUCAACAAAGUAGGCAUUGUGCCCCCUCGGACAAAGUCCCCGAGUGAUGAAGUGACUCCGUCAGCAGUGGUGAGGAGGAAUGCCAACGGGCUCAGCAAUGGACUCUCCUCCCAGGAGCGCCCCAAGAGUGCAGUGUUCCCAGGCGAGGGGAAGGUGAAGAUGAGUGUGGAGGAGCAGAUUGACCGAAUGCGGCGACACCAGAGUGGCUCCAUGAAGGAGAAGCGGAGGAGCCUGCAGCUCCCAGCCAGCCCAGCACCCGACCCCAGCACUCGGCCUGCCUACAAAGUGGUACGCCGCCACCGUAGCAUCCACGAGGUGGACAUCUCCAACCUGGAGGCCGCGCUGCGGGCAGAAGAGCCUGGUGGGCAGGCCUACGAGACACCCCGGGAGGAAAUUGCCCGGCUUCGCAAAAUGGAGCUGGAGCCCCAGCACUAUGAUGUGGACAUCAAUAAGGAGCUCUCCACCCCAGACAAAGUCCUCAUCCCUGAACGGUACAUUGACCUGGAGCCUGACACGCCCCUGAGCCCUGAGGAGUUGAAGGAGAAGCAGAAAAAGGUGGAGAGGAUCAAGACCCUCAUUGCCAAAUCCAGUAUGCAGAACGUGGUGCCCAUCGGCGAGGGGGACUCUGUGGACGUGCCCCAGGACUCAGAGAGCCAGCUGCAGGAGCAGGAGAAGCGGAUUGAAAUCUCCUGCGCCCUGGCGACCGAGGCCUCCCGCAGGGGCCGCAUGCUGUCUGUGCAAUGUGCCACCCCAAGCCCUCCCACCUCCCCUGCUUCCCCGACUCCACCAGCCAACCCCCUCUCGUCUGAAUCCCCACGGGGCGCCGACAGCAGCCAUACCAUGCGGGUCUGAGCUCUGACUGCAAGCCCUGGCUGAGGCCAACGCUGUGAAGCUCCACAGAGAUACAUUCUGAAUCCGUCCUCUGCCCACCUGAGGUCCUGGCUCCCCACCCUGACCCCCUGGCCCUGCACUCCCGUGGAAAUGUUACAGGGAACCAGGCUGAAGGCCAGGGGGUGCUGCCAAGAAGAGUGUGGAUACCUCAGUGUCUACCCACCCACGACGCCUAGUUCUUCACGUCAUGGUCCUAGACCAGGGCCUGCGAUGGCAGAUGGGGAGUGCCAUCCUCGCCAAUGGCAGUGUCAUAAGGAGCUUUGGCCUGGCUCUGGCCAGGAUGUGGUGACCCUACUGGAACAUUCCUUGAUGGAGAGUGUGCCCUGGUGGGGAACACUUGGCUAUCUUAAUUCAGGACCAGGGUGAAGAGGAGAUGGACGGUCUGCCUCUUGGAACCCACUUGACACCAAGGACAGCACCUGCCAUGGGUCCCUUCCCCAUCAGCCCCACCCUGCUGCCCCAGGGCACCAAGGACUUUGAUUCGAGAUCUCUGC